AUGGUCUGUGAUUACCAGGGCAACUGCUUUAACAUCGUCGAGGGUCUCUCGAAAAGCACAGAAAUCCAACUAAACGAUGAUCAUGCCGUUUUCCAUUAUUCUGAAGAUAUUUUCUCUAGGUUACCGUUGAAUAUCUUUCAAAUGAUACAGGAGGCUUGGCUUAAUGAUGCAAAGAUCAACCUUCACCAUGAACGCCGCCUAGUACGCGAGACACAAAUCCGCCACUUAGUCGGAAUCCUACUUCGAAGUGAUGCCAAAUAUCUACGGUUUAUACUUGACCAGCUGAAAACGGACCACUUGUGGAGGUUUGGAAGAAUGGUGGAGCAUGUGCUCGAUAUACGUGAUAGACAGGAUGCAUACCAUAACUGCCCCUCUGACAACAAUACAACUAUUCCAAUCCGGCAUCUGCACCUUCCUCUGCUCACCCCUGGCACACACACUUCUACGAUUUCGGAUCAGAGUAUAGUCGACCUUGGACAAACUAUGCUGAGCGCUGCCCCAAGCUCGGAUAUGGAUCAACCUAACCAAUAUUGCACAUUCUAUAGCGAGCAAUUUGGGAAACUUAGAUUCUGGUCACUGGAAAAAACAGCCUGGGCGAUUAUACAGGAAAGGACCGGGGUGGUGGCCACUAUAUGUGUCUCACCAACGUCCUCGAUACCUCAAAAAAGAAGCUCUAACACCCCCAAAGGCACGAUUAAGUUAUUGCUUUUCUUGUUAUGCGAGUUAUACCAGCAAGGGCUUAGAAUAAUCCAUUGGAAGGAUGCUAUGCGCUCAGUGUCACUUGAUGAUCAGAGUCAUACAAUACUCGAAGGGAUAUUCUAUCUCCGUGAAAUCGAGGAAAAGCAGCUUGAGGAAUGCUCUAGCAAAGCACAUCAAGACACUAGUCGCGAGGAUCCCAAGCAGAGUCCCGAAAGGAGACGGCGGACAGAGGGCAGUCGUGUGUUCACAGACUACGUGUUACUCGCAAUUACUGAAAGUGGAAAGUACAUUCGAUCGAGUACCAUUAGCUUUCGGGACGUGAUAGAUAUCAAUAGUGAGAAGAAGCAAAGGCCCAUACCCACACAGAAAGUGAUACAGCUUGCUCGAGAGUGCUCAGUCUCAAACAAGGAUGUUCGCUUCUGUCCCGAAGAGAGCACAAAUGCCAAAGCACAAUCUUAUGGUAGGUAG